CUGCUUUUCGUUCUCCAUUUUCAAGUUUCAAUUGCAUGGCUCGAAGUAUUCAAGCGCUGUUAUACACAACAAUAAAAAAAGAAAAAAGAGGAGAACCAGCAAUAAGUUAUUGUACAGUUACUAAGCAGAACCUGAAAAAAACAGGGGAUUUGAGCAGACAGAAGAAUAUAUACUACUUGCAAAUAUUGUAAAUAGUAUCAGAAGAAAAGCAUGGAUAUUGGAUACCAAAGGAUUGGAAAUCACAGAAGAUCUACAGAGUCAUCAUUUUGGCUUCCAUUUUGCAUUAACAAGCCCUUUGCUAAAUACUCUGUACUUAUUCUCAUCUUCCUCCUCGUACUUGGUUCUUACUUGUGGACAACUGUGCUCGACAAAACCUCAAACGUAAACAAGGUAUUGCGAAGUAGGACACAAGAAUUUCCACUCAAUUGCUCACUUGGUAACCUUACAAAAACAUGUCCAGUAAAUUACUACCCAUCUGAUUACAAAAUUAUUAACACCAGCCCUUCAUCAUCCUCUCCUAAAUGUCCACAUUACUUCCACUGGAUACAUGAAGAUUUAAAACCAUGGAGGAAAACAGGUAUAACUGAAGAAAUGGUGGAGAGGGCUAACAGGACUGCGAAUUUCAGACUUGUAAUCUUGAAUGGAAGGGCUUAUGUUGAAACAUAUGAAAAGGGGUUCCAAACUAGAGAUGUUUUUACACUAUGGGGUAUUCUUCAGUUGUUAAGGAGGUACCCUGGAAAAAUUCCUGAUCUUGAUAUGAUGUUCGAUUGUGUCGAUUGGCCUGUUGUCAGAUCAAGUGAUUUUGCUGGGGAAAAUGCAAUUGCUCCACCGCCUUUGUUUCGAUAUUGUGGGGAUACUGAAACAUUGGAUAUUGUUUUUCCUGAUUGGUCUUUUUGGGGAUGGGCUGAAAUAAAUAUAAAGCCAUGGCAAGACUUGUUGAAGGAUCUUAACAAAGGGAAUAAGCAGCAGAGAUGGCAGGAUAGGGAGCCAUAUGCUUACUGGAAAGGCAAUCCAGAAGUCGCUGAGAAGAGAAUGGAGCUCGUUAAGUGCAAUGUGACCGAAAAUCAGGAGUGGAAUGCUCGCAUUUAUGUCCAGGAUUGGAAAAAAGAGAUAAAGCAAGGAUUCAAGAAUUCUGACUUAGGAAAUCAGUGUCACCAUAGAUACAAAAUAUACAUUGAAGGAUCUGCAUGGUCUGUUAGUGAGAAGUAUAUUCUUGCCUGUGACUCAGUUUCUUUGCUGGUAACACCUCACUACUAUGAUUUCUUCUCGAGAAGUUUGUUGCCACUAGUCCACUAUUGGCCCAUAAAUGAAAAUGACAAGUGUGGAUCCAUUAAGUUUGCAGUUGAUUGGGGCAAUAAAUACAAGAAAAAGGUACAAAAAAUUGGUAAAACUGCAAGCAGUUUUAUUCAACAAGAUUUGAGGAUGGAGUAUGUGUAUGAUUACAUGUUUCAUCUUUUAAAUGAAUACGCUAAGCUGCUUAAGUACAAGCCAAGUGUCCCUAAAAAUGCAAAUGAACUCUGCUCAGAGACAAUGGCAUGUCCAGCAGAAGGUAUUGAGAAGAAGCUAAUGAUGGAAUCUAUGGUUAGUGGGCCAAUUGAUGAAAGUCCAUGUAAAAUGCCUGUACCCUUUAAUCAAUUGUCUCUUGAUUCUUUCUUAAAAAGAAAAGAAAGUUCAAUAGAAGAGGUCCUUACAUUGGAGAAACAGUACUGGAAGGAGCAAAAAGAGAAAACGUAGAAAUUAGGUUAGUGCUAUAAUUAAUUUGUACCAAAUGUAGAAAAGAUAUUUCAUGUACCACGAGCAAGCCAACUCUAUUAUAAUGUGAAUUGAGUAUGUACUAGUAUGUGGUAGAUAAGAGUAAUUGAUGAUCACAAGUUUCAAGUUAGCUGAACUUCUUUAUUUAUUGAUUACUUGGAUUUGAUUUUU